AUGGAUAAAUCUUGGACUUCUUGGAGAAAACGUGGUAAAGAAUAUUGGGAGUGUUUGCAAGUAUUUUUGGCAAUGGCUUCAGCAUAUAAAAAUUUUGAUGGAAAAAUUAGGUGUCCGUGUGUUAGAUGCUUAAAUACUCGAUUUGAGCCUUUAAAUAUUGUAGAAGCCAAUUUAUUUGAUUGGGGUUUCGAUAAUGGUUAUCAAAAGUGGAUUUACCACGGGGAGCCAGAAGUAGAAGUUCCACGAAAUGAAGUUUUACGAAAUGAAGCUGUCGAGCCAAUUUUAGAUGAUGAAGAUGACGAGAUGAUUCCCAUCAUUGAAGAUUUUAUCCGACCAACAACUGAAGAAGUUCAAACCAACCCCAACUCUUUUCAGUAUUACAAUGACUUAUUUGAGGAGAUUGAAGUUGAAUUGUACCCUGGAUGCCAUUGGAUUUCUUCACUUAACUUUCUGGCAAAGUUAUUGCAUUUGAAAGUUCGUGGAAAAAUUCCUAUUAGCGUAUUUGAUGAAUCAUUGAAAUUGUUGAACCUUGCUUUUCCAAAAAGAAAUAAAGUUCCAUCAACGUACUACGAGGCUAAAAAGAGACUGAAAAAACUAGGGUUGGGGUAUGAGUCAAUUGAUGUGUGUGAGCAUGAUUGCUGCUUAUUUUAUAAAGAUCAUGCAACCAAAGAUGCUUGUCCAAUUUGUGGAAGUAGUCGAUGGAUUACUUCAACAAAAACUAAUGGAAAAAAAGUGCCUCGUAAAGUGUUGCGCUAUUUUCUGUUGACACCAAGGUUGAAAAGAUUAUAUGGUUCAAGACAUACAGCAAAAUAUAUGGUAUGGCAUCAUACUGGAAAAUCUAAGGAUGAACGAGUGAUGCGUCAUCCGGUUGAUGGAUUAGCUUGGAAGGACUUUGAUGCUAAACAUCCUAAUUUUGCCAGUGAACCUAGAAAUGUUCGCUUAGGUUUAGCUGCUGAUGGUUUUAAUCCAUUUGGCAACAUGAGCCUAGCUUACAGUAUGUGGCCUGUUGUGUUAGCGAACUACAAUAUUCCACCUUGGAUGUGCAUGAAAGACAAUAAUUUCAUGUUGGCUCUACUUAUUCCUGGACCAAAAUCUCCAGGUGAAGACAUGGAUGUAUUUUUGAGACCGUUGGUGGAUGAGCUGAAAGAGUUGUGGGUUGAUGGAGUUGAUACGAGAGAUUGUACGACAAACACUAUGUUCAAAUUGCGUGCAACCCUUUUAUGGACUAUUAAUGAUUUUCCUGCUCGAAGUAGUUUGUCUGGUUUGAGUGGUCAAGGAUACAAAGCUUGUCCAACAUGUAACGAAGACACUACUUCAAUACGAGUAAUUGGUAAGACAUCUUAUGUAGGUCACAGAAGAUUCUUGCCCAGUAACCAUCGAUUUAGAAGGGACACCAACUUUGAUGGAGAAAUUGAAAGAAGACAUCCACCGAGACGUUUUACUUGUGAGAAAAUUUUGGAACAAGUAAACAAACUUGUGCCACAAAUUCCAUGA